GCAUUCGCGCCGGGGCUGGGCGGGCGCACCCAGAGCCGGGCGGGCAGGGACCCCAGAGCAGCUGUCCGGUGCCCGUGUGUCCCUCGCACGGAGGGGACGCCUCGCCAGUCUCGCCGCCCCCCUCCCCCUGGCUCCCCUCCCCGCCCCUCCCCCCAAGCCUGCCUGCCUGCACCACCUUCCAUACAGAUCGUCUCUAAAGGGAGUUCUUGGUUUCCUCCGAUUUCUUAUGAACCCAGGAUGGGCAGCAAGGAAGAUGCGGGCAAGGGGUGUCCGGCGGCCGGCGGCGUCUCCAGCUUCACCAUUCAGUCCAUCCUGGGCGGGGGCCCCUCGGAGACGCCACGGGAGCCCGCCGGCUGGCCAGCCAGGAAGCGCAGCCUGUCCGUGUCCUCGGAGGAGGAGGAGCCGGACGACGGCUGGAAGGCACCCGCCUGCUUCUGCCCAGACCCGCUCGGCCCCAAGGAGCCUGGCCCCAAGCACCACCCCCCCAUCCCCUUUCCUUGCCUGGGUACCCCCAAGGGCAGUGGAGGUGCCGGGCCGGCGAGCUCGGAGCGCACGCCUUUUCUUUCUUCGUCGCACCCGGACUUUAAGGAAGAGAAAGAGAGGCUCUUGCCCGCGGGCUCGCCAUCGCCUGGGCCCGAGCGGCCGCGGGACGGCGGCGCCGAGCGGCAGGCGGGCGCGGCCAAGAAGAAGACGCGCACGGUCUUCUCGCGCAGCCAGGUGUACCAGCUCGAGUCCACCUUCGACAUGAAGCGCUACCUGAGCAGCUCGGAGCGCGCCUGCCUCGCCUCCAGCCUGCAGCUCACCGAGACCCAGGUCAAGACUUGGUUCCAGAACCGCCGCAACAAGUGGAAGCGGCAGCUCUCCGCCGAGCUGGAGGCGGCCAACAUGGCGCACGCGUCGGCGCAGACUCUGGUGGGGAUGCCGCUCGUGUUCCGGGACAGCUCAUUGCUGCGCGUGCCGGUGCCGCGUUCGCUCGCCUUCCCCGCGCCGCUCUACUACCCCGGCAGCAACCUCUCGGCCUUACCGCUCUACAACCUCUACAACAAGCUCGACUACUGAGCCUCCCGCCGGCCCCGCGCCGCCCGCCCGCUCCCCGCAAGCCUGGCGCGCGCGCGGGCGGUCCCCCAUCCAGAACCGGGCGGCGUGUUUCCAGAAAUAUUACGAAAUACACCAUGUGUAUUCAUUAUCUCUUAUUUAUGGCCUCUGCCCUACUUUCUGUUUUGAUUGUUUCUGGUAGUUAUCGGCAUCCUUCCAGCCAGAUCAUCUGCUUUUUCACCCCCAACGAACCAAUACAUUUUGAAAACCAUUUCGGAGGGGCUGUUCUCGGGUGGUUGGUGGGAAAGGGAAUUUCGGCCAGAUUCACAUGGAUUGGUAGGGAAAAAAAUUAAAAAAAAAAAACAAACCCAGCAAACCAGGUACACUCCUCUCCCCAUAUAUACACCUGUAUAUAUGUACACGCACACGCGGCCGGCCAAGCCAGCCCUUGGAGGCUUUGACCAACUAUCUCAUCGCCUCUUUUCGUUUCCCUUGUCCUGAGGAUGAGUAGGGGCCAAAGGGGGAGAGUUCAGAUCUGUAAAUAUUUUUAAAAAGAAAAAAUAAAACAUUUUAAGCAUC